GCCACAGGGAAGGAGAUGGUACCCUGGGUGCGGUCGAUCCGGGAGAAGCUGAAACAGCGCCUGCGGCUGGACGUGGGACGCGAGAUCUGCCGCCAGUACCCACUGUUUUGCUUCCUGCUGCUCUGUCUCAGCGCCGCCUCCCUGCUCCUCAACAGGUAUCUUCAUGUUUUAAUGAUCUUCUGGUCAUUUGUUGCUGGAGUCGUCACAUUCUACUGCUCAUUAGGACCUGAUUCUCUCUUACCAAAUAUAUUCUUCACAAUAAAAUACAAACCCAAGCAGUUAGGAAUUCAAGAAUUAUUUCCUCAAGGUCAUAGCUGUGCUGUUUGUGGUAAAGUAAAAUGUAAACGACAUAGACCUGCCUUGCUACUUGAAAACUAUCAGCCAUGGCUAGACCUGAAGAUUUCUUCCAAGGUCGAUGCAUCUCUCUCAGAGGUUCUUGAAUUAGUGUUGGAAAACUUUGUUUAUCCUUGGUACAGGGAUGUAACAGAUGAUGAAUCCUUUGUUGAUGAGCUGAGAAUUACAUUACGAUUUUUUGCGUCUGUACUGAUACGAAGAAUUCACAAGGUAGAUAUUCCAUCUAUUGUAACCAAGAAACUAUUAAAAGCAGCAAUGAAGCAUAUAGAAUUGAUAGUUAAAGCCAGACAAAAAGUAAAAAAUACAGAGUUUUUACAGCAGGCUGCUUUAGAAGAAUAUGGUCCAGAGCUUCAUGUGGCUUUGAGAAGUCGAAGAGAUGAAUUACACUAUUUAAGGAAGCUUACUGAACUACUUUUUCCUUAUAUUCUGCCUCCUAAAGCAACAGAUUGCAGAUCCUUGACCUUACUUAUAAGAGAGAUCCUGUCUGGUUCUGUGUUCCUUCCUUCUUUGGAUUUCCUCGCUGACCCAGAUACCGUGAAUCAUUUGCUUAUCAUCUUCAUAGACGACAGUCCACCUGAAAAAGCAACUGAACCUGCUUCCCCUUUGGUUCCUUUCUUGCAAAAAUUUGCAGAACCUAGAAAUAAAAAGCCAUCUGUGCUGAAGUUAGAAUUGAAGGAAAUCAGAGAGCAACAAGAUCUUUUAUUUCGUUUUAUGAACUUUCUGAAACAAGAAGGAGCAGUGCACGUUUUGCAGUUUUGUCUGACUGUGGAGGAAUUCAAUGAUAGAAUUUUGAGACCAGAGUUAUCAAAUGAUGAAAUGUUAUCUCUUCAUGGAGAGUUACAGAAGAUUUAUAAAACAUAUUGUUUGGAUGAAAGUAUUGACAAAAUUAGAUUUGAUCCCUUCAUUGUUGAAGAGAUUCAAAGAAUUGCAGAAGGCCCAUAUAUAGAGGUUGUGAAACUUCAAACUAUGAGAUGUCUUUUUGAAGCAUAUGAACAUGUUCUUUCUCUCUUGGAAAAUGUGUUUACCCCUAUGUUCUGCCAUAGUGAUGAGUAUUUCAGACAAAUUUUAAGAGGUGCAGAAUCACCAACACGAAAUUCAAAAUCCACCAGAGGUAGCCUAAGUUUGGAUGAUUUUCGGAGUACCCAGAAAAGAGGAGAAUCAUUUGCCAUCAGCCGAAUAGGUAGCAAAAUUAAAGGAGUAUUCAAGAGCACCACAAUGGAAGGAGCAAUGUUGCCUAAUUACGGGACAGCUGAAGGUGAAGAUGAUUUUAUUGAAGAAGGUAUUGUUGUAAUGGAAGAUGAUUCUCCUGCAGAGGCUAUUAGCACACCCAAUACUCCUCGAAACCUGGCUGCUUGGAAAAUUAGCAUUCCAUAUGUUGACUUUUUUGAGGAUCCCUCCUCUGAAAGGAGAGAGAAAAAGGAGAGAAUUCCUGUGUUUUGUAUUGAUGUUGAAAGAAAUGAUAGAAGAGCAGUGGGACAUGAGCCGGAACAUUGGUCCGUCUAUAGAAGAUACCUUGAAUUCUAUGUACUUGAAUCAAAACUGACAGAAUUUCAUGGCACAUUUCCUGAUGCCCAACUUCCUUCCAAGAGGAUCAUUGGCCCCAAAAAUUAUGAAUUCUUAAAGUCAAAGAGAGAAGAAUUUCAGGAAUAUCUACAGAAACUUCUGCAGCAUCCAGAAUUAAGUAACAGUCAACUUCUGGCAGAUUUUCUCUCCCCUAAUGGUGGGGAAACACAAUUUCUUGAUAAAAUACUACCCGAUGUAAAUCUUGGGAAAAUUAUAAAGUCAGUCCCUGGAAAACUGAUGAAAGAGAAAGGUCAGCACUUAGAGACUUUCAUCAUGAAUUUCAUGAAUUCUUGUGAAUCUCCAAAAGCUAAGCCAAGUCGACCAGAACUAACCAUUCUCAGCCCUACGUCAGAAAAUAACAAGAAGCUUUUCAAUGACCUGUUCAAAAAUAAUGCAAACCGAGCUGAGACUACAGAGAGAAAGCAAAAUCAGAAUUAUUUUAUGGAAAUGAUGACUGUAGAAGGAGUCUAUGAUUACCUGAUGUAUGUAGGACGAGUGGUUUUCCAAGUUCCUGACUGGCUUCAUCAUUUCCUAAUGGGAACUCGAAUCCUCUUCAAAAACACCCUGGAAAUGUACACUGACUACUUUCUUCAGUGUAAACUAGAACAGUUAUUUCAGGAACACCGUUUGGUCUCACUUAUAACACUUCUCAGAGAUGCUGUAUUCUGUGAAAAUACUCAACCUCGCUCUCUCCAAGACAAGCAAAAACAAGCAAAGCAGAGUUUUGAAGAAAUGAUGAAUUACAUUCCAGAUCUGAUAGUCAAGUGUAUUGGUAAAGAAGCCAAGUAUGAAAGCAUCCGACUUCUAUUUGAUGGCUUACAGCAGCCAGUACUCAACAAGCAGCUGACUUACGUAUUAUUGGACAUUGUGAUACAGGAACUGUUUCCGGAGCUCAGUAAGGUACAAAAGGAAGCUACCUCUGUGGCGUCUUGGAUGUGA